CACAAACAGGACAAGAAAUCUCAGGACAAAAAAAAGAUGGAGUGGACAGAGUUUUACAAGUUCGUUAGAGUCUGGUUAACAGCAAUCGCAUCUCUCGCUUUUUGCUUCAAAAUGAGCAACACUGUCCCUCCAGGCCCCAAGAGACUCAUCUUGGUUGUACUCCCGAUAGUGGGUCUCUUUCUCUACCUCCCACUCACCAUCUCCUCUCCUCAUCUUGGUGGCACCACUGGUUUCUUCCUUGCUUGGCUCGCCAAUUUCAAGCUCCUACUCUGGGCUUUCAAUCAAGGCCCACUUGCCUCCGGCUCCUCUAUCUCUCUCCCUCUCUUUGUGGCCCUCGCUUGCCUACCCAUCAAGAUUCAACAAACCCCAAAUUCGAAGCCCAAAGAAGAAGCUCUGUUUCCUGUCCUUGGUUAUGGUGUUAAAGCUCUAAUUAUAAUUCUCUUUGUGCGGAUCUAUGAUUACAGCGACUACUUACACCCCAAGAUUUUGCUGUUAUUCUAUGCUUUUCACAUUUACUUUCUGCUUGAAAUCAUCCUAGUCGUGGGUGCGACCCUGGCUCGAACCCUGAUGGGUCUGGAGCUCGAGCCGCAGUUCAACCAACCGGUUCUCGCCACGUCAUUGCAAGACUUCUGGGGGAAGAGGUGGAAUCUGAUGGUGACGGGGAUCUUACGCCCCACGGUGUACGUGCCCACCGUUAAAACGUGUUCGCGUUUGAUUGGGAGGAAGUGGGCUCCACUGCCAGGUGUGUUUAUGACAUUUGUGGUGUCGGGUGUGAUGCACGAACUCAUAUUCUACUACCUGGGCCGUGUGAGGCCCACUUGGGAGGUCGGCGGUUUUUUUAUUCUACAUGGGAUUUGUUUGACGAUUGAGAUUGUAUUGAAGAUGACACUUGAUGAACGGUGGAGAUUGUCGAGGGUGAUAUCAGGACCGUUGACCACUGGAUUCGUCAUGGCGACCGGGAUUUGGCUCUUCCUUCCUGCCUUCGGAAAGUCCAAGAUUGACGUAAGGGCGUUUGAAGAGUACGCCGCAAUAGGCGCCUUGCUACGUAGUAUGACAAACGUUUCUCCAUCGACUGUUACUCAAUAAAAAAAUGAUUGCGUGUGCAAUCAGCUAUGCGCGGGUUUAUUAUAACUAAUAAUUAAUAUCAAUAUUUGUGUUUGACUAGUCAAUGUUUAACUGCUAGUGGUAGCUAAUAAAAAAUUAUUGCUGCAUUGCGUGGAUUAAUUCUAGUAAUAAUUUAUACCACUCUUUGUCUUUUACUAGUUAAUGUUUUGGUACUGCUAGCUGAUGAU